AUGUCUCACCCAACCGAUCCCCCAAUCGACCCCUCCCGCCGCUGGACCCUCACCGCUAGCCCCUCCUACAUCGACGCCCGCAAAUCCCUCUUCCAAGCCGAACUCACCCUCCGCUCCCAAAUUGAGCACGUCGCCGCCCUCCGCCGCGCCCUCCCCCCGGGGCCCUUCCUUCCCCCCUACACCUUCACCGAAGGCCCCCGCGACCUCUCCGCCUCCGGCCCGUUUACCCAUCCCACGCUCGCGGACCUAGCGUCCAACGGCCGCAGCCUGGUAAUGUACCACAUGAUGUUCGGGCCCGACGACGAGAAUGUGUGUCCGAUGUGCGCGAUGUUCGUGGACGGGUUGGAGGGGGCGGUGGGACAUUUGGAGGAGCGGGUGAACGUGGUGGUAUGUGCGGCGGCGCCCAUUGAGAAAGUUCGAGAGUGGGCGAAGAGGAGGGGGUGGGGGAAGUUGCGGUUCGUGUCGAGUGCGGGAAGUGGGUUUAAUCGGGACAUGGGGACGGAGGAUGCGGGGGUGUCGGUGUUCCAGGGGGAGGAGGAGGGGGUGAGGCAUUUGUAUAUGCAGAAGGGGGAUUUUGGGCCGGGGGUGGAGAGGGGGUUAGAUUUGUUGUGUCCGGUUUAUAAUGUGUUUGAUUUGGUGCCGGAGGGGAGGGGGAAUUGGUAUGCUGGGAAUGAGUACAUGAUGCGAUCUGGUGUGUAG